CCUCCUGCUCCUCCUUCGCCUCCUCCGCCUGCUCCUCCUCCUCCUCCUCCUCCUCCUCCUCCUCCUUCGCUGUUCGCGCGGCGCAGCCACGAAGUUCGGUGAUCGGGCCUUCCCUCCGGACGCUCGACGCCCCCUCCUCGUCGAUGACGCCCGUGCAGUCGCUGGGGCCCGCGCCACUGGCACGGCACAGCUCGGUGUGAAAUCCACACUGCCAGAGGCGAGUCCGGAGGAGUGAGCCACCGAUGCGAUGGCCCCUCGCGAGUCGGGGGAGGGUCGAGCUUGCGGUCAUUGCAGUUUCAGGCGAUCGCGAACAUGGAUCAAGGGGGCGUGGAUUAGCGGCGGGUCCCGCUUCCAGGGGCGAGGCGGCAAGGGCCGCGUUUUGGCGAGGGCACCUCCCCAGACCCAUUGAUUUGGCGACCGCGCGCCAAAUCCAUGGAUCGCUAAUCCAUGUUUGCGCGCCACCGAUAGUUGGCGUGGGGUAGGUGGUCACACCGUCCUCGGAGAGGCCCUCCCUCGAGUGCGGGCCAGAGUGCCAUGCCCGCGAGCGGAACCGGCAGGAAAUGGGGGAGGAAGAGGCACACGUUCCCUGCUGCCUCUCCCUCCCUACUCUUCACCGCGACGGGGAGCUAUGGCGGAAGCUUGAGUUCAGUUUGCCUCGCGCGGGCAAGCGCGAAUGCCCACAUUUUUCAGAUGCACGCGUUAUUGCCAAAGCAAGCGCCACGAGGGCAAGCCCGUGCCCGUGACGGUCACUGAGGUGGACGCCUCGUCGGGGGCCGUCACCGUCACCUUCGACUCCGAUCCCUCGGCGUACAAGGUGGUGCCCGUCUCGCAGUUCGGGGCCGGCGGCCCGCUGCAGCCGGCGGCGCCGCGGCCAGGCCGGCCAGGCUGCGCGGUUUCCCCCGGCGAGGUGCUGGCAGCGGCGGCGGCGGGCGCCGCGAAGAGGAGAUCUCCGCUGGAGGCCGCCGUGGCCGCCGUGGCCUCGCGGGAGCGGGCCGCGCCCGAGGCGCGGCCAGAGCGCGGCGGCCAGGCCGAGGAGCAGGAGCGGGAGCGCAAGCGCCGGAGGCAGGAGCAGGAGCUCGCCGCGGAGGCCGCGGAGCGCGAGCGGGUCCGCAAGCUGGAGGAGCUGCGCAGGUGGCGCGAGGGGGAGGCGGAGCGCGAGCGCGAGGCCGCCCGGGAGAGAGAGCGGCAGGCCGAGGAGGCGCGGCGGCUGGCGGAGGAGCAGGCCCGGAGGGCGGAGGAGCGGAGGCGCCGGCGGGAGGCGCGGGAGCUGGAGGCCCAGGAACAGCUGCGGGAGGAGGAGGAGUGGGCGAGGUUCAAGGAGCAGGCGCGCCGGGCGGAGGCGGAGCAGCCGCUGCCCGCGUGGGCCGCGCUCGGCGCGCGCUGCGCGUGGGCGUCCCCGACGCUGCAGAGGCAGCUCGCGGUGACCAUCACCGGGGUGGACCAGGCGAAGGGCAUCGUGACGGUGACGUUCGACUCCGACCCGAAUGCCUUCAAGGUGCUGCAGGCCGCGCAGCUCACCGACGACGGGCCCCUGCGGCCGAGAAGAUGACGGCCCGCGGCACGGGCCGGCGGCCAGCGCGGCCGGGGCAUCGGCCUGCGGCGGCAUCAACGGUCACGAAGGGCAAACAUCGGGGGCGGACAGAACCCCCAACAGUGACACGUCGAUUAGUGAAUUGUCCGUUUUCGGUUCUCGAGAGGGCGCCGCGGACAAUAUUUUCCAGGCUUGCGCCAGCCAGGUUUGGGCCUCAGGUCGUUUUCACUAAAUCACGUUCUACUAAAGGGAGGUCUGUCCAUCCCUGAAAAAAGACCCCCUAACCCUGAUCAGGUGGUGAAGACGUGGCCCCACUUGGGGCCCCUUCUUCCUCGUCAGGGCUAAGCAUGUUAUGGGCGGGUUGGCCUUACACAUCUGCAGGAACAAAAGUAAAAGAACCCUGACUGGGGUCCCCUCCCAAAGGGUUAGGGUUGCUGUUCUGUCUUAUCAGACGACGCGGUGCCGUCCGGCCAGCGCGUGCCGCGCCCUCCGGCCAAGAGCUGGGUGCUGGCUGUGGGGGGGGCGGCCAAGAUGGGGACGACAACGGUGUUCUUUCGUCGUCGAAGGGG